GUUCCUGAUGCUAUAAAGUCCCAGUACCGGCUUCCACCCCCGUUACUUGCACCUGCAGCAAUUAGAGAUGGCGAGCUGAUCUGUAACGGGAUCCCUGAGGAACCCUUGCAGAAGCACCUUUUGAACACUGAGCACUUAGCCAGCCAGACAGAACAACAGGAGUGGCUCUGUAGUGUUGUUGCGCUCCAGUGCAGCAUAUUGAAACAUUUAUCUGCUAAGCAGAUGACUUCGCUUUGGGACUCUGAACAAACAGAGAAGGCUGAUAUUAAGCCUGUUAUUGUGGCAGACGGCUCACUCGCCAACCCUUACCAGGCAGCUGACAAGGCACCCACACCUUCCCUCUAUUCCAUGUCAUCCUGCACCUCAGGGAUUACCACCCAGAAUUCCUUGAGCUCCUCGCAAUCCCAGCAGACUUUGUCACAGGAAGAUGUCAACUGCAGCUCUUGUAUAGAUAAAUCCAAGAAGGGGUCUUCUUGCGGGACUUCGAACGGGCCGACAGCCUCUGACAUUAAAGUCAACGGUCCUCAUUUCUACGGCGUUUCAUCUGAAUCUUCAGCGCAGUUGACUGACUCCCAGAGGCUAAUCGGAUCCGGUAACACAAUACCCGUUUUGUCUCAUCGGCAAACGUGGCCUCGGCCCCUCACGCCCCCAGCCACUUGUGGACUUCUGAAUCACACCAUUGGAACCAUUGUCAAAACGGAGAACGUAGCAGGACCCGUUUCUUGUGCACAAAGGGGUUCUGUGCCGGUCACAAGUAUGCCUACGUCCAUAUCGAGCUCCUGUGCCAGCCUGGAGACCACCAGCACUUUGCAAAGAAAGAAUGUGCAGACGCAGAUAGGACCGCCGCUGACGGCAGACCUGCGGUCGAUGGGCUCCCCUCUGACCGCCACGAGGGCUCUCACCCCUCCGCAGGCUGCAGGGGAUGGCAUCUCUGCUGUGGGGUCCACAAACAGAUUCUGUUCACCAGCACCACCUUCAG